UCAUUUAUUUGUUUUAUUAUUAAUAUUAUCACUAUACUAUUUUAUUAUCAUUGUUACUAAUAUUAUGUUAGUGGUUGUUUUUUUGACAGUACUAUCAUAGUUGCUAUAAUUACUGUUAUAAUUAUUAUGUUAUUCAUUUAUUUUCUCUUUUCUUUUAUCAUUACUAAUAUUAUGGCUGUUUGCUUUUGAUUUUUUAUGUAUUCAUUUUUGUAAUUAUUAUUCAACGGGGGCAGAAGAAAUGAAGCCAAAGAACCACCUGCAAGAGGAAUCACAUGAAAGCGACUCUGCCCCAAAACAAGGGGUAGAAGACACUUUAACCUUAUCAGAGAAAGUUCAAGAUAUCCCAUUUCAAACACCGGAAAUCGAUACUGGCCAUUUUUGUAGUGGUAAAGAUGUACCCAAAGGAAAGAAAAGAAAACUAGGCCAGGGAGGAAAUAAAAGCUUACGGGAAGCUGCACAUAAUGGGAAAAUUCUCAGGAAAAGCCCGAGACCAAAUUAUUUUGUUGGUAUCAGAGUCUCAGACUGUGAAAUUCAUAGAGCAAUUGUGAGGAUUCAAGAGGCUAUUAUAGCAUCUGAUCCCAAUUUAUAUCAGACUCUGAUUGAUGUAGCGUCUUCACACAUUACAGUUCUGGUUAUGUACAUUGACAGUGAUAUUGGUCUGUCCAUUGCAUCUUCAGCCUUAGAUACAUGCUGGGAUAGAUUGAAAGAAGAUACUGAAAAAGGCCCCAUACAGAUGACAUUUUCAGGGAUAGGGAGCUUUUCUGAUAGAGUAGUUUAUGCUAGGUUGAGAGAGGAUGAACACUACUUAAGAUUACUCAGACUAGCCAAGGAAGUGCGCCAAAUAUUUUCAAGUGCGAAUGUGUGUUUACCUGAUGAAAAACCCAUGCACCCUCAUCUAACAAUUGCCAAGAUGUCAAAGGUUCAUCAGAAGGCAGGUGGCUUCCCAAGGAAAAUCAAUCCUGCAGCUUACCAGCUCUUUAAAAAUAUCCACCUUGGAUGCCAAUCGGUGUCUGGGCUUCAGCUCUUGAGUAUGACCAAACCAAAAGACAAGGAAAGGUACUACUAUUGUGCCAAUGAGAUAAUAUUUGAAGAAAGUUGCAAAGAAAGAGGAGAUCAUUCUCAUUGUUGCUUCCCUAGAAGACCUUUAGGAUAUGUGUAGGAGUUGGGAGUGAAAGUGAAUUUUUCUAUUGGAAAUGAAAAACGUCAAUAAUUUGCCAGAUUUUUGUAUUGUGUUUGUGUAUGUGUGUGUGCAUGCAUGUAUGCGUGCAUGUGCACAUGCUUA